CCGCGGCAUGACCAAAACUCGAGCACACGUCGAAUCGUCGCUCCGUUCAGUAUACACGCGUUACGACACCCGAGCGUAAAUCACGAAAAAUCGGUAGCUUCGUGAUAAAAGUCGAACAUUUUUAUUCAGCUUUACAAGACAACGCAUCGAAGUGAGAAUGUCCCAAUCGGAUCCCGAUGGCAUCCGCGAAGACGUCCACGACUGCGGCUGCGACGAUCCAUCGGCCAGUCCAUCGGAGAAACUGCAGAUCAUGCGAGCGGAGGUCGAUUGGGAGAACGAAGAGGAGCGACGACGAUUUUUCCAUCGACUCUAUCCUUUGAUCGAAAAUUGGGACGACGAUCAUCUUCCCGAUCUCAGGGACAUUUUUCGCCCGGAAGAGAUCGACUGGCUUCUCACGGAAGACCUAAAAAAAAAUAGGUCCGAAGCCGAGAAAAAAUAUUCCCUCAUCGAGUUCGUGAUUCGCAGCGGCUACAAGGACAGGCCCGAACUGAAUGAGGACAAAAAGCCGAUACUGCGUCGCACCACGGCACUGCACGAAGCGUCCCGACUCGAAUGCAGUGCAGACCUCGCUCGUAGUCUGUUCGACAUAUACAGGAGAUACGACGCGAAUUACGUCGACGAGGACGGCCUGACGCACUUCCACGUGGCCUGCGGCUUCGACUUGGUGGGCAAGGUCGCGCAAUUCCUCGUGUUCGGCCAGAAUCCCAAUUUUCCGGGCUCGAUGAUCGAGCCACCUUUACACGUGGCUCUGCGCAACCGCUCGGAGGAGAUGACCGAGGUGCUGCUGAGAGCGGGCGCCGACCCGAGCCUACCCGACCCAAGAGACGGUAUGACACCGCUGCACGCCGUUUGCGACUCGGACUUUUGCUGCAGCGAUCUGGCGGUGAUCCUGUACGAGGCCGGCCUAGAGAGAAAACGGCCGAUCGACGUGAACGCCCGAGACCGAUUGGGUCGUACGCCGCUGCACUACGCCCUGAAGCAGGAGUGCGAGAAGGACGUGGCGCUGCUGCUGCGGCACGGGGCGGAUCCGAACUGCGCCGACGACGAGGGAGCGACUCCGCUUCACUUUCUCGCCAAGAUCGGCUGCGACGACGACUUCAUGGAGAGAUUCUUCGAGGUAUGCGACGACAAUAAUCUGAAGCUGCAGGUCAACACGAGGGACAAUUUGGGUAGGACGCCUCUCGACUGGGCCCUGAGGAAUCUCUUGGCGAGAUCCGUCGGCGUGCUGCUGGAUCGCGGCGCCGAUCUGACCGGCCUCGACUUUCCCACCGAGGACUACUUCGAGCAUCCGUAUCUGCAGCCGGAGAUCGGCCACGGACUCUUUCACAAAUUGCCGAUAAAGAUCGCGUCGGACGCGAUGGCCAUCGUCGAGCAGCUCGAAAAGAAAGGAUACGAGCUGAACUCCAGCGGCGCCUUCAUCAUCAUCAAGACGUUGGCCGACUACGAAGUGUUCCAGGAUGUACCGAUCGUUAGAAGCGGCCCCGAGUACGAGAAAUUUGCGCAGGAGGCGAGAGAGCACAUGAUCAACGCGGACCUGUCGCUCUACGAUCUGAUGCAGCUGCGGCCCGAGGAGGCGGAGCAACGACUGACGCACGCCGACUACACGAGAUUCGUCGAGUCGGACUUUGAAUUUCCCGCCGCGUCGCGGCGCGCGUACGUCCUGCACCUGAGCGAGACGAUCACGCGGGGAUUUUGCCGGCGAUGGGCCCUGAGAUCCUUCCUGGAGGUGACGCGCUACAAGUACCCGAUUCCUUGGUGCGAGGAGUGGAUCAAUUCGUGCAACAACAAGAAUUUGUUCUUCAUGAACCUGUUGAUCAAUUUUAUUUUGUUGUCCGAGACCAUUCCUGUACUGAAUUAGUAAGUAAAUAAAGAUCUUUUCAUUUUCUCGAAAA